UCUAUUUAUAGUAACACUUAAAUUGUAGCUACCUAAACACAUUUCAAACAAUUCUAAACAAACAAUUCCAAACAUACAAUUCCACUUACCACUUACCGACCAAAUUACGAGUUUACAAUGGACAAAGCUGAACGCGACUACUGGCAUCUUCGAUCCUUGGAAAUCGAAGAGGAGCCGCGAUUUCCGCCAACAAACGUCGCUGAUCCACUAACCGCACGCAAUCUGUUCCAGCUCUACGUCAACACCUUCAUUGGAGCCAAUCUGGCCGAGUCGUGUGUCUUCCCAUUGGACGUGGCCAAGACCCGGAUGCAGGUAGAUGGCGAGCAGGCCAAGAAGACGGGUAAAGCGAUGCCAACUUUCCGGGCAACUCUUACCAACAUGAUCCGAGUGGAGGGAUUCAAGUCGCUCUACGCCGGCUUCUCGGCAAUGGUGACCCGAAACUUUAUCUUCAACUCGUUACGUGUUGUUCUCUACGACGUUUUCCGGCGCCCUUUUCUCUACCAGAACGAGCGGAACGAGGAAGUGCUCAAGAUCUACAUGGCGCUGGGAUGCAGCUUCACCGCAGGCUGCAUUGCCCAGGCACUGGCCAAUCCCUUUGACAUCGUCAAGGUGCGAAUGCAGACGGAAGGACGCCGCCGCCAGCUGGGCUAUGAUGUGCGGGUGAACAGCAUGGUGCAGGCCUUCGUGGACAUCUACCGCCGUGGCGGACUGCCCAGUAUGUGGAAGGGUGUAGGGCCCAGCUGCAUGCGUGCCUGCCUGAUGACGACCGGCGAUGUGGGCAGCUACGAUAUCAGUAAGCGCACCUUCAAGCGCCUGCUGGACUUGGAGGAAGGCCUGCCACUGCGUUUCGUGUCUUCCAUGUGCGCCGGACUAACGGCAUCCGUGCUCAGCACGCCGGCGGACGUGAUCAAGUCGCGGAUGAUGAACCAGCCGGUGGACGAGAGCGGCAAGAAUCUGUACUACAAGAACUCCCUCGACUGCGUUAGGAAGCUGGUCAGGGAGGAGGGUGUCCUCACGUUAUAUAAGGGCCUAAUGCCCACUUGGUUUCGGCUGGGACCGUUCUCAGUGCUCUUUUGGCUGUCCGUCGAGCAGCUGCGUCAGUGGGAAGGCCAGAGUGGAUUUUAGGAGCAAACUAUCAAUCUUACUAUCGUAUUUUGUAUGUCUUUUAACACGCAAUAAAAGGUGCAAGUCAAACC